GGCGGAUACACCGACUGAAAGACACAACCACCAAGUUGACGAAGUCACACAUUUUCCCUCUCCUUUACACCGCGACCUGUUACAACAGUGAUCCAUAAGCCUAUCUCUACUGUGAAGACCCCCCUGAGAAAUCCAUCAAGAUGUUUAUCGCUCGGUCAGAAUACGAUCGAGGAAUCAACACCUUCUCUCCUGAAGGUCGUCUCUUCCAGGUCGAAUACUCACUCGAAGCCAUCAAACUAGGGUCAACAGCCAUCGGGGUCGCGACUUCACAUGGCGUCCUCCUCGGCGUCGAAAAGCGCGUAACGUCCCCCCUCCUCGUUUCGUCGAGCAUCGAAAAGAUUGUCGAGAUCGACAGACACAUAGGCUGUGCCAUGUCAGGUCUCCAGGCAGACGCGCGGAGCAUGAUCGAGCACGCACGGAUCGAGUCGCAGAACCACCAAUUCAACUACAACGAGAAGCUGGGCGUCGAGAGCUGUACACAGGCCAUUUGCGACCUCGCCUUACGGUUCGGUGAAGGUGCGCAGGGAGAAGAGUCUAUAAUGAGUCGACCGUUCGGUGUGGCGUUGUUGAUCGCAGGUUGGGAUGAAGAUAAUGGACCGCAACUAUAUCACGCGGAACCGUCCGGGACGUUCUACAGAUACGAUGCAAAGGCCAUUGGGUCUGGCAGCGAAGGAGCCCAGGCCGAAUUACAAUCAGAGUACCACCGAUCGUUGACACUGGAGGAGGCCGAGACGUUGGUGCUGAAGACACUCAAGCAGGUCAUGGAGGAAAAGCUGGACUCGAAGAAUGUGCAACUCGCCAGCGUCACGCGAGAGGGCGGGUUUAGAAUCUACGGUGAUGAAGAGAUGAGCAACGUUGUUGCAAGACUGGAGGGUGAAUAGGCGGCUGUGUCUCAAGUCACACUUUUUCCAGCCAUUGUACAUCAAAGUUACGAGCAUCAAUUGGAGUCGGGAGUGCCAACGAGCAUAAAGGUCUGGGCCGGCAGUGUAUACCGCCCCAGGGUCAAAAUGAAUGGAUUUGCCCCAUAUCGCUCUUCUCGAUAUCUUUUACAUCCAGUGUACAAUUGCUGCUAAUGUCGAUAGAAAUCUUUUAUAUACUCGCUUAACCCUCGCCUGUGUAUUGAAUGGGAUGUAAUGUUUGGGCAGAGACUACGAUUCCACCAUCCAUCAAAACUUC